AUGGAUGUGACGCGGAUGGUCGGGGACGCGGGUCAGUUCCUCAACAGAGCGAUUCAGUACACAGGGGAGACCAUCGGCCAGGCGGACAAGACAGAUCUGGGCCCAGGUCUGGAGGAGCUGCUGUUACUGGCCGACGCCACCAAGACCUGCACGGACAAGAUCAUCUCCCAGACCGAGGUGGUGCUGCAGCCGAGCACCGGAGCACGACUGGAGGACCGGCUCUAUGAGCAUCUUGAAUGGAGCGCCCCUCUUCGGCCUCGUGCCCUCGAGGUUCUGGGUAACGAAAUGACCCAGGCCGGGCUGGAGAUUGGGUCCAACACUCCGUAUGGAACGGCACUGCUGAGGUGCGGAGAGGUUCAGAAGCAGCUCAGCGACGCAGAGAGGAAGUUUGUCCAAAGCACGAACAUCCACUUCCUCACCCCUCUGAGGAGUUUCACCGAGGGAGAACACAGAACCAUACAAGAUGAGCGCAGGAUGUUGUUGAACAAGCGUCUGGACUUGGACAUCGCUAAAGGCCGACUGAAGAAAGCCCACGAGGCCGAUCAAGAGUCCCGAAACCUAAAUGCAAACCCGCUGGACGACGCCUACAUGUCUCAAGUCUCCUACAUGUUCAGCUUCCUGCGUGUGAAAUGGCUGAAGGUGUGGGCACAGCAGAUCACGCAGGCAGAGAUGGAGCUGAGAAUGUUUCAGAGUCUGUUCGAUCGACAGUCAGAAAUUACAAGGCAGCUUCUGGAAGGAAUCCACAACACUCACACCAACCACAUGCGGAGUCUGACGGACUUCGUGGAAGCUCAGGCUUGUUUCUUUGACCAGUGCAACCAGCAUGCUCAGGGGCUGCAGAAACAGCUGGGGAGCAUCCCCGCGGUUCUCUGCUCCAAUAACUGGCUCUCAGAAAUAAGUAAUCAGCCAUCAGCAAGUAACCAUGUGACCAACGAGUCCACUGGAUCAAACCAGGUCACUCGGAUUCCCGUGGUCGUCCAACAGCUUCCAGACUUCGAUCAGGACUCGUGGACUGAACGUCCGUCAUCAGACUCUGACAAAACGACAACAGGUUCAUCUGUGCACACUCAGCCACUGGACCCGGCAAAUAACAACAACAACAACAACAACAACAACAACAACAACCAGUCAAGUGACUUCCAUGAGAUCAGUGACCAUGCAGCGGCCAAUCAGGCAACUCUCCAUGUCUGUGCUUCAGACUCAGACAAUCACACAACAGCUCAGCUCCCAGAAGCCAACGGGACUGGCGGCGUCCACACAACAACCGACGGGACGACUGCUGAGUCUCCAGCUGCAGUGGCCGAUGGUUCAGGUCACUCAGCGACGACACCCUCCUCUCAACCUUCACAACCUCAGGCUGCAAGCGCAGUGUCUCGUGAAACCAUGACAACCAGCGCCGUGGCCGAUGAAACGGGUAAUGAUGAGCAGCCCGCCAUUAAUGGAGAAGACGUCCAGGAGUCGCCAGCGUCUGCCAGUCAGGAUGUGGUCGAGUAG